CAAGAGGCCGCCCAGAGGCUCCAAGAGUCUCCCCAGGAGGUCCGCAGCCAUUUUGGCUCAAGUAGGCAUUUCUGUUCCGAGGGAAGGGCGCCCUGGUCCGCAGAAGUACAGAGAGUGAGGGAGAUUUCUCUGUCACUCACAAAUGAUGCGCACCCGCGCGACCAUGCUAGGAAGACGUUGGGAGCAGCUCGCAGUGGUCGGUCUCGUUCUGACGUCGCCCGCAGGCGCCCUCACGCGGGGGAGCCCCGACCCGAAGCCCGUGCCGCGCGUUCGCCAGACGCCCAUGCCGGAGGCGCCCAGCUUCUUGGCGCCCGCUGCCGCCGAGGAGGUGCAGUCUCACGUGCGGGCCUGGUUCGACGUGAUCGAGUCGGAGCUGUCGGAGCUGACGACGGUCGACUACUCGAAGCGUGCGGCCUGCGUGCCAGUGACUGGCGCCUACAUCACCCUGGUGGUCCACAUCUCAAAGAGCAGCUACAGACUCCACUGUGGUGAGUUCAGUGGCUCUCGUGGCCCGCCACUGAAGGAGAUCCUGGACGUCAUCGUGCCAGGCCUCCCGGCUGACGUGGACGUGUACGUGCCCUUCGGCCUGCACGACGGCGUGCAGAACGUCCGUUCUGGCAACUUGGGCAUACCGGUCUUCGGCACUAUGUAUCACCCGAUGUAUUCUUCUAUCGCUGUGCCUUUCGCGAUGGGCACGGUCCGGUCUCCUCUGCCAUAUGUCAACACGCCGGUUGUCGGCUGGGACAAAUAUGUGAAAGAGAAUCUAAAAUGUAACAGCACCAGCGCGCGCAUCAAGAAGGCUGUCUUCCGCGGCAGAACGCAGUGGAGGGGGAUGAAGUUCGGGACAUGCACGCAGAGCUGCGGCUGGGAAGACAAUGGCCGGUGGCUCCUUCACAUGCUUGGCGAGUCUCACCCUGACAUGUUCGACACUGAAGCCACGAAGAUCAACCACAGACGCAAGAGAAGUAAUGUCAGCGACUUCCUGCCCUUGACGGAACAGCUGUGCAACUACCAGGCUAUAUUGAACGUGGGGAGCAACAGCGACUGGGCCGAAAGACUCAGGCAGUGUUUUUACGGAAACGCCGUCGUCAUGUUGCCCGAGAAUCCGCCAUCAGAGUUUUUCACCAGCUUCAUGCGACCGUGGAGACAUUUCUGGCCCAUCAAGCCUGACCUCAGCGAUGUCGUUGAACAAGUGUCCCAUGUCAUGUUGCUGGAGAACACGUCGCGGCAGCUGCAGGGUCAGAAGGAUUUUGGCAGAAAGUACUUGAGCGAGGAGUUUAUGUACUAUUACAACAAGCUGGCUAUCAUGGAGUACGACGCGCGGGUGAAGAGCUCGGUCGAUAGGACGCAGGCUGUCCAGAGCAGCUUCGCCGCAGAAGAGGCGAGGUCCCUCCUUAAGCUGGGCGGUUGCCGUCGCUUCUAUAAGCGUGCGUGCCCAGCUUCCCAAGCCAGGACUUGAGGGGAUCUCGAAGGCGUUUGCCUUUCGAGGUCUCCCCCUGGCAUCGUUUCCCCUCUUCCCGCCUCUCCUUCCCUCCUCUCCCCUUCUCUCUCCUUCCGCCUUUCCUUCCCCUGUCCAUUGAUCGGUGAAUUGUACUUACGUUCGCAUGCUCACCGCGCGUUUGGCGCGGCUCGCGGUUGGCGCGCAGUUGGCGCGCCGACCGUUUUCGCCACCACUGACCUUCGUCCUGAUUGUGAUAAGGUGCGGCUA